AUGCCUUUUAAAAACAAUGACAAUCGUAGUCAAACCAAAAAAGUUAUUUUUAAUGUGUACAAUUAUUUAAAAAAUCUGGCUACUUCAGAUGACGAGGUCUUAAAACAAUAUUUUAAACAGACUCAAAAAAUUACUGCGGACACGUGUGGUGUAUCUCUUAUGACAGUAAGACGAGUGUGUGCAGAAGGAUCAUCUACUACUGACGAUGUCUCAGACUCGUCACAACCUGGACCGUCAUUUAACUCACCGCGAAAAACGUAUAAACGGAAAAAGUAUGACACAGAACUGGACGAUUUCGAUAACGAUGUUGUUCGACGAACUGUGCAUGAAUUUUAUGAAAAAGGUGAAUACCCUACAUCAAGAUUAAUUUUAAAUUCUAUUCAACAAAAAUUUGAUUAUAAAGGUAGUCUUGCUUCCAUGAAAAGAUUGUUGACAAAAUUAAAAUUUACGUAUAAAAAAUGUAACGACGGACGUAAAUUUUUAAUGGAGCAAAACGACAUUGUUGCCUUGAGGUGUAAAUUUUUGCGUACGAUGUGUACACUCCGAAAAAAUAACGAUUCUCGUCCUGUAAUUUACUUAGACGAGACCUGGGUGAAUCAAAACCACUCUAAAACGUAUAUAUGGCAAAAUGAAGAUGAAACUGAAGGUUUAAAAGUACCUACCGGUAAGGGAGGUCGGCUCAUUGUUUGCCAUGCAGGUUCAAGUCAUUAUGGUUUUAUUAAGGAAGCAAAAUUAAUUUUUCGUAGCAAAUCAGGCAAUACAGAAGACUAUCAUAAUCAAAUGAAUGCUGAAGUUUUUAGAUCUUGGUUCGUACAAAUGUUGCAAUCCCUUGAAGAAUCAUGUGUCAUCGUCAUGGACAACGCUCCAUACCACUCAAUGUUGGAAGAUAAUUUUCCAAAAAGCAAUGCCCGAAAAGCCGAUAUACAAGAAUGGUUAAACAAAAAAAAUAUUGAUUUUUCUCUACUUGAAACAGUUGCUGAACUUCGUGAAAGAGUUAAAGUCUUAAUACCAACCGAAAAAAAAUACGAGCUGGAUGAAUUGGCCCUUAAAAUGGGACAUGAAGUUGUACGGUUACCACCUUAUCAUUGUCAGUACAAUCCAAUCGAAAUGAUAUGGGCACAAGUUAAGGGACAAGUUGCAUCUAAAAAUACAACAUUUAAGAUGGCUGAUGUUGAAAAAUUAAUGCACGAAGCAAUAGAUUCGGUGAAAAAAGAAAAUUGGGUAAAUUGCGUUCGUCAUGCUGAAAGAAUACAGGACGAAGAUUAUCAAAAGGAAAAACAUAGAGAAGUAAUUUUAGAGCCUAUUAUUCUCACAAUACGACCAGGUGACAGCAGUAGUGAUGACGACGAUGAAGAAGACGACAUAUAA